UCUUUCAGCAGACACUCCCCCAUCUUGUGUCACACACACCCUCUGUCUGAAGAGGACAGGAGGACUGCUUUACUGUCACAGGCUGUUCAAACAGGACGACUCCACUGCCAAGGUGGAGAGUUUAUAGGAAAUCAGAGGAGGAUCACAGUAAUAGAAUAUCCUACAAUCCCUCAUCAACAUGGGGGCCAUCAUCUCACGGUGGAGGGCUAAACCAUCCACUGUGGAGAUUUUGGAGGGAAUCGAAAAGAAUGUACAGACCCUUGAAGAAUACAGUGAGAAGUAUCAGAGGCAGCUGAAGAUAUGGGUCGGACGGCUGAUUCUGUACUCGUCUCUCCUCUACCUGAUCACAUGUGUAGUUGUGUAUUUCUGGUACCUGCCCGAACAGAUGAUGGGACGGCUCAUACUGUCUCUUCCCUUCCUACUAGUUCCUUUAUUGGUUUGGUUACUUAGAAAGUUGCUUAUAAUAAUUUUUUCACGAAGAACUGAAAAAAAUAAUGAGAAGUUAGAAGAUCUUAAAACACAAAAAAGGAAAAUACUUGAAGAAGUUAUGGAAACUGAGACAUAUAAAAAUGCUAAAAUGAUUCUGGAGAGAUUUGAUCCUGAUUCCAAGAGAAAAAUUGAGCUUGAAUCCACUCCUGUGGGCCCUCAGAUGACUCCGAAACAAGGACAAGAGCUUCGCCAGCGCAAUGUCAUGCCAAAGACCCCCUCAGUGAUGGUGAAUCCUGCAAGCGGUGCUGCUGCGCGCCCUCCUCCUGCCUCUGGGCCCACCUUUCCUGGACGAUCUUCCCACUCUGCUCCAGGUGGACCCCCAGAGAGGGGCCUGUCGGCGAUAGCUGCUCAGCAGAGCUUGAUGAGGAGGCCUGUGACCCCGGGAACACCUGUUCCAGGAGUCGGGAUGCACCCCCCAGGCCCGCCCCUGGCCAGACCCGUGGUCCCGAGGGACAGAGGCGCCAUGGACAGAGUCAUUGAGUAUCUUGUUGGAGAUGGCCCUCAGAACAGAUACGCUCUCAUCUGUCAGCAGUGUCUGUCCCAUAACGGCAUGGCAUUAAAAGAGGAAUUUGAAUACGUUGCCUUCCGAUGUGCGUAUUGUUAUUUCUUGAACCCUGCGAGGAAGACCAGACCUCAGGCCCCCAGACUCCCCGAGGUCACCGGCGACCUGAAGAUGUCCUCCGAGGCCCCCGUACCUCCGGCUGCUGUUGUCAUGGAUGGAGAUCAAUCUGUUUCAGGUGAAUCAAAGCUUGAGGAUGUCUCUGCUGAAACAGACCCCCAGGGGCCAGACACUACAACAAGAACGGAGCCUGGCUCUGCGUCAGACGGCCAAAGCACCGAAAGCACCACAGACUCACAAGAUGUGUCCCGUGAAAAAUCUGACGCAGAGCAAGAUGUGUCCUGUAAGAAAUCUGACGCAGAGCAAGAUGUGUCCUGUAAGAAAUCUGACGCAGAGCAAGAUGUGUCCUGUAAGAAAUCUGACGCAGAGCAAGAUGCGUCCGCCAUGGAAGUGGAAUAAAACAGUGGCGCAGUGAUUUCAAGUCAGGCUGGAACUUUAUUUGUUCUUUGAAGGGCUGAGAUAACCGAUAAUUUAUAAGUAAAUUCCGUGAGUUGAAAUAACAGUGAUUUUCAACUUACAGUACAGAAUGUCCUUUCUUUUCAGAAUUGCUUUUAUAUUUCUAGAAAUAGAAAGUAUUAAAUAUGAAUUUAAUAUUUUGUAGCAACAUCAAACAUACCUCCAGUAUGAUUACACGUCCAUCACAUUAUAACCUAUUUUUGCUACAUAUAUCUAUUUUUUCCAUGUUUUUUCCCCCAAUUUUUUUGACUUAAUUUCUUACAGCAGUCGAUCGCAUUUAAUUGGCAACAAAACAAAUAUUUUGUGGGGCAAACUUGAAUACAAGGGAUAUUAUUUAUAAAUAUUUUUCUAUAAUGCUGUGCCUUCCAUGACACUGUAGGUUGGGGAACUCUGCAGCCCCGAAAGUGCUAACCACAUGUUUACAUAACCAUGCUACCAUAAUAGGAAUGCACACAUACAGUAUCUAUUUAUUGCUCAAAUGGAGAAAAAGGGCAUUUAUCUCGGUACUGUGCACCUGCCCUAAGUGCCUUUUUUAUAUUUGAAGUCUCUGCUUCAGAGUGGUGUCGAUGAAACCUAUUUACAUAUAGACAAUAGACACAUUCAACUGUUUACAGACUGUAUCUCUUUGCUGUGUGUCUGAAUUCUUGUCCUGUAUAAAUAAUAAUGAUAAAUAAACUUUUGAGAACAUC